ACCUCCAUCUUGAAGGAAGAAUCGGCACAAGGUGCAAUGGGGCGUGUAAUGGCGGAACCUCCGAAUCUCAUGCUGCAAGCAAGAGAACUUCUUGCGACUCCAAGCCACGAAGGGUUAGAGACUCUUGUCAUUCAUCUCACAACUCGUCAAGAAACCACCACCGAAUAUCAAACGGCGCGUCCCCUCUUAAUCUUCUGCGCCAACAACUUCGCUAACUUGUUAACCCUAAAGCUUCUACAGAUGUUGUCUCGUUCUUCUACCAACGCCGUCCUCAGAUCCAAAUCGAUCAUUCUCCUUUCCGAAACCCUAGCCGCUUGUAAAUCUCGCAGGUUCGAACUAUCUCUCGUCGCUCUCGACGAAAUAAAACCCCUAGUGAUCUCUUGCUUGAGGAUGACGCAAGAAACCGAGAUCAGACUCUUCAGAAGAAUCGUGUCUUUCAUCGCUCACGACCUUGUGAUGCUCGAUAACGGCGGGUGGGACGAGCUCAGCGAUUGUAUCGUCGAGCUCGCGGGUACAGAGCCUCUGAAGGCUUUGCAUGUCUUCGUGUAUUUGCCUCCAGUGUACGGGAGAUUCAUCAACAGUUGUUUCCGGAGGAUUGUAGAGAGAGCAGAGAAGGUGUUGCUUACGCCUGAUCAAGAUAGGGUUGAAGAUUGGAGUUUAGGUUUACAAGCUGUUGUGAAACUUGGGAUUCAAGUCUUGGAUUCUGAGAUGAGAGUUGAUGUGGUGAAGGCUCUUCUUACUCUUCUUGUCAAGGCAGCGACUGAUCUCGUGGACAAGGGUAUGGAACCGUUUCUGGUACGUGGGCUUGUGGAUCUCGAGUUGUUCUUGUCACGAGAGAAGAAGUUGUAUAGUUACAACAAGGAUCAAUGUGAUUUUGUGUCUUGUUUCUUGUUCAAGAUCAAAGACUUGGGACCACUAACGAAGGAGGCUACGGGGAAGAUCCAUCGUUUGGUUAAGUUUACCCCAUCUCUCGCACAACAACAACAACAACGACAAGGUCAUGGAGCAUGUUCUGAACGUGAAUGGUCUGAUCGUUUGAACAACUUACCGCCACUUGAGAUCUUAAAAAUCUUUGCGUCUGCUGAUGUUGAAGAGAGGUUCAGAGUCACGGCAAUCAGACGGCUCAACGUGUUACUCUCUGACUACAUUACUAGGGAAAAGUCAACAGACGUUUCAUUGUUGAGACAACUUCAGCCGUUGCUCAUGUCUUGCCUUUCGAGUAAAGAAGGAAUCUCUGAGAGCAUGUUCAAAGUCCUCGGUGAGGUUGUCUACCACGUUGCGUUUCAGAUGACGAACUUCCAUUUUGACACAUGGUACGGUCUUUCCGAAUAUAUUGGAUCCAACAGCAAAACGGAGUUUGAGAGAGCGGUUUAUAUCUUCCAGUGCUUAACAAUGUGGCUAGACGAUGAGUUUAUGUAUUCUAUAGUGAAGUUUCUUCUCCCAGAGAUAAACAAAAGGCUAAACCCACCGAGAGAGGUGUUGGUAGAUAACAGUUGCUGGGUCUCGGCUUUUUUGGGUGCCUUCUGUGCCAUCAUUCAUUUGUUAGAGAGAGAAACUUCUGCUGUGGAGGAGUUGGCAGAUAAGAUGGUAGAUUCAGUGAGAGAGCUUGUGGAAAGAAAAAUGGAAGUUGGGCUUGUGGGGAGAGCUUUCAGAGAUGUGGAAAGCAUUGUGAAGAAGCAAAUGGAAUGGUUUGGUGAGAACGAAUACAAACUGAUUAAGGCCCUGCUUCGGAGACUCUACCUAAUCAAAGGCAUGACAAUGGAAAGCAAGAUGGUGUUGUGGAGAACCAACGUGUUUGUGGACAGGGGAUUGACUCACCUGGCUGAACAGCAACCAGACGGUGAGAUUGAUUAGUCUGAUAUUAUAUAGAUAGACGGUAAUGUCAAAUUGUAAAUCAUUUGAUAAAAAUUCUAUCAGUGUGUUUUCUCUCUGUUUGAUCAUUGCUUUCUUGAUCAUGUCUCGAGUUGAAAAAUCACUUUCAUUCAACAAAAUUUAUUUGUUGAGUUUUU